AUCACCAAAUGAUGGGACCUCGUUGGGUAAAAUUGAGGAUCACUCAUCCAUGCAGUGUCUCUCACCCACUCCUGAUUUUUUCCCGGAAAUAGUCUAAUGAGCACCGCAGGGUACAAAUCACACGCCACCUGUCCUCAACGCCUCCAAACGCAACGCCCUCGUCUCUUCUAUAUAACCACACCACUCCCACGCCACUCCAACCCCACCCCACUCCACGCUCGGCGUUAGAAUCUAUACAGUCGCCCCUGCAAAUUUCUAAACAGAUCAGAUCGCGAACGAAGCAAAGCUCAAAUGGGUUUGAAGGAGGAAUUUGAGGAGCAUGCUGAGCUAGCUAAGACACUGCCUGAGAAUACCACAAAUGAGAACAAACUUAUUCUCUAUGGGCUGUAUAAACAAGCCACUGUUGGACCAGUGAACACUGCUCGUCCUGGUAUUUUUAAUAUGAAGGACAGAGCAAAAUGGGAUGCAUGGAAGGCAGUUGAAGGAAAAUCCAAGGAGGAGGCUAUGAGUGAUUAUAUCACCAAGGUCAAGCAGUUGAAGGAAGAAGCUGCAUCUGCUUGAUGGGAUGGCAACCUCUAUUGCUCUAUGACAACCUCUAUUGCUCUGCUCGGGUUUGUCUUCGAAACAGUUACAGACAACUGAUAAGAAAAAUAAAUGUAUUUCUACUGAUAAGAAAAAAAUAAAUGUAUUUAGUUUAUCUGUUGCACAUUUCUAAAAAUAUUUAUGUUUUGUUUGCUUGAAUUAGCAGUAGCAAGUACUUUCUCUUAUUGUGUAGCAAAUACUUUCCCUGAAUACAAUCAUAUAAAAGUGCAACGAAAUCAUUAUGCUAAAA